CCAAGCAUCCCAAAUUAUAACAAUAUAACACAAAAAAAAAAUUAAAGAAUGUCAAUUGUGAGUAAGGUUGUCUUGGUGAUGGCUAUCUGCGCUUUUGUGGUGGCGACCAGCGCAGCCGACUGCCAGCAGGUGCUUACGCAGCUGCAGCCGUGCAGGAACUACCUGAAAUCGGGCGGUAGCGUCCCUGCAAACUGCUGCAAGGGCGUUGUCACGCUGAACAAGGCCGCCACCACGGCAGCUAAGAAGCAACAAUUUUGUAAAUGUCUGCAAUCUGAGGCCAAAUCUUUAGGCGUUAACACUAAGUAUGCUCAAAGCUUGCCUCAGAAGUGUAAGGUUAAUAUUGGCUAUCCAAUUAGCUACUCCUUUAAUUGUAACAGUAUCCAUUGAGGAAAUGUGUGAUUUCGGAGUAUGGCCGUAAUAUACUAGGGUUUAAUUUGUUAUGUAAUAUUUAUGGUUUCGAUUUUUAGUUUUGCCUUUUGUAAUAAGACGUGCGGUGGUUUGGUUUAUUUGUCUAUUAAUAAUUAAGUUGUUACCAUUGA